AUGAAUUAAGUUGAGCCUUUUGGGAUAAGAGUAAUACCAAUAAAGUGGGUUUUAAAGUUUGAACCCCCAAUAAUAGGAUUGGUUUAUAAGCAACAUUAGAAAGAGAAGAAAAAACAUCUCUAUCAGAUUUCAUUAAACAACUUAAUAUUUCUAACAAAUCCAGAAGAUAUUGUAAAUUAAAUAAUUUAUGAACAUCCUGCUUAUUUAAAUAGAAAGUUCAUAAAAUAUGAUCAAGUAUUUAGAUUUAGUAUUAUAAACAUAGCUUAUUGGAUUAGUGCGUAAAUUAUUAGAUUAUAAAAGUCAGAAGUAUUAAGAAAUGGUAGAGUUUAUGGAAGAUCAUUUAGUUGAAUAUGAUGAUGCAGAUUCAGAUUAAGAAGAAAAAUAUACAUCUAAUCAGAACUACUCUUUUUGA